AGACCCACAAAAUUGAGCUUAUAGGUACCCCAAGAAUUUCUCAUAAGCUUGAUAAUUAAUCACCUUCACAUAUAUAUUAUUAUUUCGCUACUAUAACCCCACCUCACCUCCAUCCCACUCGCACCCAAGCUUCACUAUUCUCGCGACCAUUUUCCUCAAAAACACCCACUGAACACCUCCCCCACCUCCAGAGCCAUGGCAACCUCAUCCCUCGAAGCGCUGGAAGCACAGCGCCAGAAACUCGUAAAGCAAUUCGUCAGGACCAACCUCAAUGGUGCCCCCGUCCCCUCCGCAAUCCUCGACCUUUCCAAAGUGAAACGAAACUGCACCCGCAUGCUCGAGUCCAUCGACGCCCUCGGAUUCGGGUGGAGAGCGCAUAUCAAGACACACAAGACCACCGAGCUCACCCUCCUCCAGCUCGGCCCCCCCCCCCGCCCCGCCCACCUCAUAACAUCCACCCUCACCGAAGCGGAGAACAUCCUCCCCCUCCUCCUCACCUACCCCCCCACCUCCCGCUCCCUCCUCUACGGCCUACUCCCCGCCCCCUCCUACGCCCCCCGCCUUGCCUCUCUCUCCACCUCCCUCGGCCCCUAUGGAUUACACAUCCUCCUCGACCAUCCCUCUCAAGUAGGUGUGCUGCGGAGCAUCUAUGAGCUGUCCGGCACGGCGGUGGGUGUGAGUAUUAAGAUUGAGAUGGGCUACCAGCGUUCUGGCAUCUUAGCUUCGUCGGAUUUGUUCAAGGAGUUGGUGGCUGCGUUGCUGCCGCUGACUGAGGAGGGGAAGUGUAAGAUUGUGGGGUUUUACUCGCAUGCGGGGCAUUCGUAUGCUGGCUCUGAUCCGGCGACGGCUAUUAGUCUUCUCAAUGACGAACUCCGCGCUCUUCUAGAUGCUGCGAAGGAACUUCGUGAGUUGGCGCCGUCGAGCACGCUUACUUUCUCAGUUGGCGCGACGCCAACCACGACAGCAGUGUAUAACCUCCUGCACCCCUCCUCCACCCCCUCCACCGCCGAGGCCACCGCGCUCGCAUCCCUUCAAUCCACCAUCGACUUGGUGAAAACCGCAGAUGCACAGAUCGAACUCCACGCUGGCGUCUACCCCGUCCUCGACAUGCAACAACUCGCCACCUCCGCGCUACCCCCCUCCCUGCUCUCCACCUCCUGCAUCGCCCUAACCAUCCUCGCCGAAGUAGCCUCCAUCUACCCCACCCGCAACACCGGGGAAGCAUUAAUCACAGCCGGUUCCAUCGCCCUAGGUCGGGAAAAAUGCAAAUCCUACGACGGAUGGGGCGUUGUCUCCCCCUGGGGCGCGGUGGGGGGGGAGGGAUGGGUGGUGGGGAGUGUGAGCCAGGAGCAUGGGGUUUUGAAGUGGACUGGGGAGGAGGGGAGGGGGAACGGGUUGGAGGUGGGGGGGCGAGUGAGGGUUUGGCCAAAUCAUGCGUGUAUUGCUGGGACGGGGUUUGAUUGGUAUUUGGUUGUUGAUUCGGAAGGGGAGAGGGAGGGGGAUGUGGUUGUUGAUGUUUGGAUGAGGUGGAGGGGGUGGUGA